AUGGAGGCCCCUCCAGCGAAGCGACCGCGGUUGUCGAUGGCGUGCAACCAGUGUCGUCGCAGAAAGGUCAAAUGCGAUGCAGAGUAUCCCAAAUGUCGGCAUUGCCGGCAACGUAAGGAUGAGUGCAUCACAACUGAUCCACGACGGCCUGGCAUAUCGAUGAUGAGGGAAUGGCUAGAUCUCCAGUCUCACACGCGCAACAACACUGCUUCUACCAUUUUACCUCGGGAGGAUGAACAGUCUUCCGACUUGCUGAGUCCCCAUGAUACAACCACGCAAUCUAUCAAUGAAAGCUUGGGCAAGCAAAGUGAAGUGCCCGUGAUAUCUCCAGUACAUCAGCCUCAUGAGAUGUCGUUCAAUAUCGACACCGCUACAAAUAGGAUCAAGAUGCUGGGCGCCAGUAGCUCGCAGUGUCUUUCCAAGUCCUUGGAUAUGUACUUCAAAUCCGCAAACUCUAAGCCACUCUCGAGUAUCUUCAGCCAUGGCAUGCGACACGUUGAGGAGUUACAACUUGGUGCUGUUCUUGGCUGGCCGUCGCUACCGGACCCCGCUACCUGUACAGCACGCAUGGAUGUCUUUUUCGCCCGUAUCCACGUGCUUUAUCCCAUUUUCGACAUUGACUUUUUCAAAGCGAAUGUUAUCAAAUUUGCAUCAAUCUCCAGUCUUGAAAGUUUACCACGAGAACAGAUUCCGCUGUUGGUGUCUGCGUAUCUCGUGAUGAGCUUGGCGGCUGAUGAGAUUGCCCAACGGCGUACUCCAGAAGGAGACAAAUACUUGGAGGCGGCAGCAGGUUUGGUUGGUCACGUGAUUUUUAUGCCAUACCUUGCAUCCGUGCAGUGUUUGCUCUUGUUUACCUUGGUUUGCAGAGGACGAAAUCAAGACGGUGUCGGGUGGCAGACCCUCGGAAUGGCCGUGAGAAUUGCUCAGACAUUGGGGCUUCACAGGCACUCGGCAGUACAACCUUCAACCCAGCAUGGUGUGCAAAAGAAGGUCGAACAGCUUUUCCACGCUCGGAUCUGGGCUAUUGGCUGUUGCUUGGAGAAAACCAUGCAAUUGGAAUCUGGAAGGCCGUCAAUGAUUGCUGCUGUGGAUCGAGAUCAGAUGAUGGGACGUGAUCAGCGACCACCAGGCCCUGAUUUCCUUCAAUGGCUAAUGGGACUGGCGCAAUAUCAAGAGCGUAUCAUAAAACACAUCUAUGGACACAAACCUGGUCAAAGAACGGCUCGCACGGUAUUACUUGACACGGCCGAGCUAGAUGGUCUAUUGUUGGCCUGGGCUAAUGAGAUACCGGCGCAAUAUCGCCCAGGCGCUCAGCUAUUCUGUUCGACACAUGAAUAUCAUUUUGCAGCAUUCAUGUCGGUCCAAUACUAUCAGGCCAUGAUAGCACUUCAUCGAGCAGGACUUAUUGCACCAAAUGCGGUUUAUGAAGCGGAGAUUGCAACGCACUGCUCGGGAGAUCCUUCAGAGUUUAGGUUACGGAAAGGAGAAUAUAUCUGUAUCCACAGUGCUCGAGAGAUUGCUACGUUGACACUCGAGCUUGCCGACCGUAAGACCGGUUCUCGCAUUCUCAACGCAGGGCCCCCUUUAUUAGCUUGCAUCGUCAUCGCAAUAUAUCUCAUGAAAAAUCCGAACAACAGGUUACGAACAGCAGAUCUCGAACUUCUUAAGGAAUGUGCAAACUAUACAUCAGAUCAUUUUUUGGACUCUGGCCAUGACCCAAGAUUUGCGAGCGGUACGUUAUCCAAGUCUCAAUUCUGUCAACGAACUCUCACAACUCACACGUGGUUAGGGGUUAUCACGAUCUACGAACAAGUGAAAACACAUUUUGACACCAUUGGUACUAAGAAUCGCAGAUUUAAUGGCAAGCCAACACGUGCAGUUGUCGAUAAGAUCAAUGGAUUUGCUUCACAGCGAGAGGCGCAAUCAGAAAUCAAUGUCGUCCCCACUUUGACAUCUCAGGACUCAACAGAUCAAGUUGACGGUCAACCUGCCUUUGCCAAUACCAACGGAGGUCUUCACUCAAACGACCAAGAGGCUCUCGCUUUCGACUAUGGUCUAGAUGGUAACAAUUCAAGCAAUAACGGGGAUCUCUCUAAUGGAGCUGCACUGUUUCCGUUCGAUGGGCUCAAUGUCGAAGAUUUAUGGAACUGGAUGCUUGUCACUGAUGCAAUGGAGCCGACAGAUGAAGGAGAUUGGAUGGGAACCGGAGUGAUCCAAGAAGGUUCCGAUCCACUGCAGUACACUUGA